GCAGCACAACGUGUCACAGCGGUACAUCAUCAGCACACGGUACCAUCACGACAGGACCAUAGCACCAGCCACGCGAAAUAUCCACAACCGACACCAAGCAACCACACAGGACGAGCCAAGUGCCCUGCUUGAAUUCACACGAGCUUAUCACUGCGGCCGCUUCAAACCGAGCAGGCCUUCCUUCGUGCUCUCAGCCACGCCCCCUGCAUCAGCAUCACUUGGGUUACAACGAUGAAGUCCGCCUUCGCGAUGAUCGGUGCCCUUUGUUGCGGCGCUUCCUCCGCCGGAGCCUUCAUUCUUCCCGUGGGAAGGCCCAGCGGCAGCAGCAGCAGCAGUAGCAGCGCGGCAGCCAGGAGAACAUUUAACCGGAGAACUCCUGGCGGCGCGUCGAUGAUGAUGUCGUCCGUUGCCGAACCUCCGGCAGCAAGGCCGACCGCCGCGCAGGAGCCAGAGAGGAGGCCAAACGUCCAGGCGAUCGACUCGAACGACGACUACGUGAGCGCCAUGGCGCAGCACGAGGACAAGCUGGUGGUGAUCAAGUUCUACGACCAGUUCUGCAGGGCCUGCGACGAAAUCCGGCCGCGAUACGAGGACCUGUCCCGGUCGCAGCCGGAGGAGGAUGCCGUGUUCUUCGACGUGGAGUUCUCUGGGGCUAAGGACCUCUGCAAGCAGCUCGGGAUCAUGCGGCUACCCACGGUGCAGAUCUACGACGGCACAAACGGCAGGGUGGCCGAUCUCCCGGCGGGACCAAGCCGGUUCACGGAUGUGGAAGAAAAAAUCGCGGCUGUGAUUUCCUCCAAAAAGAGCAGCAGACAAGACGCUGUCGAGGCUGUGGCGGAGUAAUAGGUUCCGGUUACGGUCGGAUGUGGAACGAAACGGCGCCCGCCGAGACUGUGCGUUCUGCUUUACUCACUGGGCGUUUCAGUCCUUGCCCGCGGAGAUAAGUUGUCGUGUAUUCUUUUUUUCCGUCAGAAGCUUGAGUUGCUAGUUUUGGUGUGUGCAUUAGAGGCGCCCGCUGAGGCGAUAGGAAAUCAUUCCAGAUUGGUCGGCACGCGUCGAAAAGAAUUGGGGCUGCUGUUCUGUCACCCACAAGCCCGCCGCGCGGACUAGAACGCUGCUCUUGUACUAGACGUUGUUAAUUUUACCUCCUUAGGGGGACUGCGCGGGGUGUUGGAGUGGGGAGGUGUCCUGGGUGUUUUUUUGUUUGUUUGGAGGGUUUUGACUGGAGUGCGCGUGUUUCGUCAGGGGAGCCGGCUUGCAAGCUUGAUGUUGGAGUCCGGUCGAUGAAGGAGUAUGUACUAGAUUUUGAUUGUUUGGGUUUUUUAUUUCAUCCAAUGAAAAUCAGUUACCUUGAGCUUGGAAGAAGAGAACUCGAUGUGCCUGACGAGGAGGGAAUCCCACCGCACACCGCAGAGCAUGCCGUAUGUUCAGUCCAUGUUGCAGAUCUUUUUGUUCCAGAUAUUGUUGCGUGGUUUACAUGUUUUCGGUGUACUGUAAGUGCACACAUUCCGUUCUUCCGGCAACCCAGGCGGAAACGAAAUCCUCUGGUCAUAUGCCCCCGAACUGUCAAGCUUGAGGUGGUGCUACUCCACAUGCCGGAGACUCUUGGGUACCUCCUCAAAGUUGAAAGACAACUUUUUUCUGCUGAAACCAACGGCAGAGCUUACGGGUAGCCUAAACGACGUUGGUUGGGAGAAUGCUCGCGCUCGUGGGUACCCACAAACAAAUGCGCACAAUGCAGCCAGCGGGGUUCUCCCACGGAGAACUGAACGACAUCUCCGUUACACAAGAUCGGAGAUCACCACUUUCAUCGUUGUAAGUAGGG